AUGAGCGAGAAGGAGGCUGAGCAGGCCGAGGCAGGGGAGACGAAGAAACGCGGUAUCGAAGAAGUUCAAAAAUCUGAUUCGAAAUCUGUGGAUGAGUCGCGGCCUCCGACUCCUGCUGGGAACGCGUCGACGGCGAGUGCGAGUGCGAAGAGUACGAAGAAGAAGAAGACUGGGAAGUAG